GUUUGCUUGCCAGCCUGGCACUAGCGGCACUAGCGCGCAUCCCUGCCUGCGGCUGGCAUGAAUUCUGUGCCGAUUCUUCGUCAGCUGCAGAAGCACGCCAACAAUGGCAUACCCUUGGCCGUGCUGGAGCAUACCAAGGUUGAAGAUCAGAAAGUCCAGCUGUCCUACUUGGAUUUGCUUUGCUGCGUGAGAUCCCUGUCCAGCAGCCUGAAAGUUCUGCUGGACGCAAAGGCCCAAAAGCUGCCGAGGCAUGUGGCCUUCUUUGUGAAUCCCGGCGCCGCGUAUGUGGUGACCGAGUUGUCCAUUUGGGCAGCUGGUGGUGUGUCUGUACCACUCUCCAUCCACUCUCCAGUACCAGAGCUGGAGUAUUUCGUGAAGGACAGCGAGAGCUGUUUGUGCCUCGCAGAUUCUGCCGGCGCGUCCAAGAUGAGGACGGUGGCGGAGAAGCUGGACAGGUUCUUUGCAGAGAUCAAGGCAAACGAAAGCCCUGUGUCCUUCUGCCUGUUCGCAGAAGGUGCGAAUGACGUGAAGGCGCCAAAGGCGGAGCUUUCUUGCUUCAGCUGCUGCUGCGGCCUCUUUGCCAAACCUGCGGUUGACUCCAAUGCACUGAUCCUCUACACCUCGGGCACCACCGGCCAGCCGAAAGGUGUUGUCCACACUUUCAGGAGCCUCACUUCGCAGAUGGUGUCUCUCAGUCAGGCUUGGAAGUGGUCGUCCAGCGACAGGACUCUUCAUGUUUUGCCGCUGCACCACAUCCACGGCGUGCAGAACAUCCUGAACACUGCGCUGUACAACGGCGCCGCCGUGGAGUUCUGCGGCUUCGAUUCCGCCUUCUGUCUGAAGCGUCUCACUUCCGGCCUCAUCACUUGCUUCCACGCAGUGCCCACGGUCUACGUGAAGUUUACCCAGUACUUGGACUCACUGCCUCCAGAUGAGAAGGCAGCAUUGUGCCUCGGCUUGCGCAAGCCGAACCUGAGGUACAUGGUCUCGGGGUCUGCGGCGCUUCCGGUGCCCACCAUGAAGAGCUGGGCGGAGAUCUCCGGGCAUGUGCUCUUGGAGCGGUAUGGCAUGACAGAGAUCGGCAUGGCCUUGAGCAACAAGAUCGAUGGCACGCGGUUCCCCGGGUGCGUCGGAUGGCCUCUACCGCAAGUACAGGUCAAGCAAGACCAGGAUGGCGGCAUCCUGGUGAAAGGCGGCCCGGUCUUCAAAGAGUACUACAAGCGAAAGGAAGCCACGGCAAAGGAGUUCACCAGCGAUGGCUUCUUCAGGACAGGAGACAAUGCCCAGAAGGGCGGCUCCCCAGAAGAGCUGCAAAAGCUGCAGGACGACGCCAGGGAGGUGGAGGCAGCCUCUGGGCGGCCUUUGAAGGGGACUAAGCAGGAGCCAGAUCGUGCGCUCGGCACCAUCUUCCGAAUUCUGGGCCGCACAUCUGUGGACAUCAUCAAGAGCGGAGGCUACAAGAUCUCUGGUCUGGAGAUCGAGAGUGUCUUGCUGCAGCACGAGAAGAUCCGGGAAUGCGCAGUGGUGGGCAAGCCUGACGAGACCUGGGGUGAGAAGGUGACAGCAGUGUGCGUGCUGGAGAGUGGGACAUCACUGGACAUCAAGGAGCUGCGUGACUGGGGCAAGGAGCGCAUGGCAUCCUACAAGGUGCCGCAGGAGCUGGACAUUGUCACUGAGCUGCCUCGAAACCAGAUGGGCAAGCUGGAGAAGAAGAAGAUUCUGGAGAGGUUUAAGCAGUCGGCAUGAGCUUCUCAUCGCUUCAAGUAGGCCGGCAUGUGCCAAUCCACAAGGAUGGACGGGACAGCCGU